CUACAGGCCUGGGGGAGUUCACUCGCGCCGCGCGAGAAGCUGUACCUCGCCGAUCCCAUGAAGGUGCGAGUUGUCCUCAAAUACCGACACUGUGAUGGGAACCUCUGUAUCAAAGUAACGGAUGAUGUAGCUUGCUUGCUGUAUAGAACAGACCAGGCACAAGACGUAAAGAAGAUUGAGAAAUUCCACAGUCAGCUGAUGCGACUGAUGGUGGCUAAGGAGUCCCGCAGUGCUGCCAUGGAAACAGACUGAGCUGCUGGAAAUAAAGGAGCGCUCCGGUCCUGUUGCACUGGAAGAACACAUCUCUUGGAUCUGAACAAACAGUGGGACAGGAGAUGCUUUCACGUACCAAAAUGGACCGUUGAAAAGUCUAGAGCAUCUUCCUUCCCACUCUCCACUUUGGAAAGCUAGAAAAAUUAAUGCUUUCAAUUGAAAGCUUAUAUUUAUUUUUGGGAAUUGAACAAGAAACUAUUCUUACACGCUAAGUAUGCUAAGACGAGAAAUCUUUACACAUCUACAGUACUUGGGUGUGAAUUUGGUGGGCCACAAGCAUAUUUCUGGAAAGCUGUAAUAAAAUUUCAUAUAGGUUUUGUUGCGUUCGUAUGUUAUGCUGGUGUAUUCUCAGAGUGAGAAGGUUUAUUAACAUAAUACUGUAGCGUGAUUAAUGGAUCUAAUAAAUAUUUAGAUAAAUACUGCAGCAGGGUUUAGAAGAAUGGAUGCUUUGUGAACUGCAAUGUUAAAAUUGCCAGUGUCUAUUAGCUCUGCACCUAGCGACGUUGUAGCUUUUAGUAUUGAUUUUGGUCACAUCUGUAACAUCAGAGAUGCAUUUGUAGAUCCCAUAUAUUGGGUAAGUAACUAAGCUUCUCUGUUUGCAAUGUUAAAGUAUCACUUGCUGCAUGCAGUUAGCAAUACUCCAGCAGAGUUUCUUUCCUGGUUAGGCAAAUAUUGAUGAAAAAUAGCAGAACAUUUUUUAGUGCUUGAACUGUUGCUUACUAGAAAGGGGAACCUCUCCCAUCCUUGCCUCAGGCAGAGCUGAAGUCUGUCAGCAGGACUAAUUCUAGAAGCUCUUGCCUGUUAUGUUAAUAGAGGAACGCAACCAAACACUGUCCAGUCAUCAUUUUAGCUACUUGUGAACUGUGCAUUUUCAAAUGUUUCGUGAGGCAGACGGCUGUCAGCCAACUGAAUAGAUGGAUGAAAACCAGCUUAAUAAAUACCACUGUCAAAAAUGCACCCAUGCCCACUAGACUCUGACUUUUUCCACACAGUUACCUCUGGUAGGGCAUUAAAAACUGUCUUUUGUGAAUACUUAUAUGCUUGAUGACCCUGCAGCUGAAAUUGAUACAGGUCCAUGCAUACUUAAAACCACAUGUUGUUUUUUAAGUAAAUAUGCUACUGGUGUACUGUAUGCCCAGAUACUGGUUUGGCUUAAAAAUCAAGCCACGAAAACAAGCCAGAGCCAUAGGAAGACUUUUCUAUACUAACAUUUAAAUAUGGCAGUAGGUACCUGUUGUCACUGGCAUUAUAUAAACAGUCUACUUGGAGGCAACAGAAUCCUCACACUUGCUGAGGACUCUUUAACACAAAGCACAGGCUCAGCUGCUGCGGUGGUACCCAACCAGCUGCUGUGCAAUGCUGCAUACAGCUGGAGAGUGCCUGGGUGCCACAUUGCCGGUGGCUACUCUGUAGGAGUGACCUACAUGUAAUGGCUUUGAUUGGCUUUUGAAAUGCAGAUAAAAGGCUAUGGUUUGUUCCUAAUUAAGCUGUAACAAGAUGCUGUGAUGUGAGAAUUCUCCUCAGUGCUCUAAAUUAUUGUCUUAAUAAUUGCAAUAUAGCAACAUUAAGUAAUUAAGCCAUUUUUAAUCUAGACUACUGCUGGGCAAUACAUGUGGUUGCUGUAUAGAAGUCACACAAGUGAAGCUUUACACUGCAGGUGCAAAGGCUGCUGCUAUCUCAGUGUGAUUUUGGACCAUUUUAUGCAUUGGUUUAGCAUGUAGGAAGCUGUACUGUGCAGCUAUACAACGAUACAGCCAAUAGGUAAACAGAGGUUAAACAGACGUUUCAUACAAAAGAGCAUCGUGAUAGAAAGAUGAUGAUGAUAAAUGGGAAAUGCUCACCGAUGCUGAAGGUUUGCAGCAAACUCCAUGCAGGAGGAUCUCCAGAGAAAGAGAUCCUGUCUUAGUGGUGGUCAGCCCUUAAAUGAGAUCUGGGAGAGGUGCAUUCAGGCUCCACCCGUUUGGUAGCACAGCUGAAUUGCCUUCACCUGUGCUCCUGCAGCUGACUCAGUGUUUGCUUUAGGUGGUCAAUCAGAGGUUCAGGCCGUGAUCAACAGUUCCCACACAUGUACUAAAUUGUGGUCGUCCAGAAAAAGAGGCAGGAAGAAGAAGGGUCCUCUAUUUCCUUUAGGGUUUCUAAUCCUCAGCCCGUGGAUCUGUAAGCAUAUUGUGGAUUACAGGAAGAUCCUUUAAUUAUCUGUAGAACUGAGAACCGGUUACAAGUCAUGGCUUUAGAGAUGCUUAUGAAAGAAGCUUUUGUUUUCAUCAAAGUCUUGAGCUAAUGCUUUCAAGAGCAUCAGACUUACCCUGGAAAAUUAGGUGCUUUUUGUGCCUGAGUCCGUGCAAAUGGGGAAUUGAAGUGAAGCCAAACCUUUAACAAUGUUUGAACUUGUCAAAAUAAUUGUAUUUUAUCUCCAUAAGUUCCUUCCUGCAGCGCAAGGGGAAAAAAACCAGUGGGUACUGUGCAACGUUCCCUGUAAUAAAGGUGGAGGAGCCUUGUUUCUGCCA